GUUUUAAAAAAUGUAUUUUAUUCGUAUGAAUAACACAUGCAUACGUGGUUAGGAAGAAAGGAGCAUCGAAGAUGGAGAAUAAAAAUCUAUGGACGGUGUUUUUCAGAAAUACGGUUACCUUUGUUGCAGCUUUAGUGAUUUUUAGACUCCUUGCUGAAACCUACGCUUGUCCCAUCACUCGAUCAAACAUUUCCAAUCAUGCCGUCGACAAUCAUAAACCAUCCAAGCCAAGCAUGGAAGAUUUAUUGAAAAAUCUUCCAUACGCAUAUAAAGAUGGGAGAGUGAUAAAAAGACGUCAAAGGUGUUUGAAGAGAAAGAAUCUUCUACGAAGAAAAGAUAAGGGUAGAUCCUACUUCAUUUUAUUAUUAUAUCAAAGCUGCAAAACAUUGAAGCGAUUUGAUCAAAAUUUCAAAGUGGCUCUGCAUAAUUCAGAGACUUAUUAAGCAAGUCCGAUAUGUUCUUAUUAUAUCAGUAUGCAUGCUAUAGAAAAGUAAAAAUCAAUUGUUAUAUUUAGGAAAACCAAAACUUAGCAGACGGUAUUUCAAAAAUAGAAGAAUUGAUCUGUAGGCUUUAAUAUUCAAAAAUUCGAAACAGCUUCAAGAAAGAAAAAAAUAUCAGCGUUAUAAUAUGAACGUGGCGAUUGGAUUCGUGGUGUUGGUAGAACGAUUGCCAAAUGAGGAUAACAUAACAGAUACAAAUUUGAAAGAGCAGAAUUAUUUAUAACUUCUUCCAUC